GCACAUGCGCAAUUCGCUUAUAACCAUAGAAGAGUCAGUACGCGACCGUUUCAUCGCCGUUCUGAACAUUGGGUCCUAACAGCGCGGAGCUUGGAUUGGGAGCAGUGCAUUUUGCCUAGCUAAGUAAACGCCGACAUGUCUGGAAGAGAAGGUGGGAAGAAGAAGCCUUUAAAACAACCCAAGAAGCAGUCAAAGGACGUGGAUGAUGAUGAUGCAGCCUUCAAACAGAAACAGAAGGAAGACCAAAAACAGAUGGAGGCAAUGAAGGCAAAGGCUGCUGGGAAAGGACCCCUAACUAGUGGAGGAAUCAAGAAGUCUGGGAAAAAGUGAGAUGGCAUCACACAGAGACGACAGCUGCAUUCUGCCCAAGACCCUGCUCACGAUCUCUCAAAAUGCACUGCUUAUUCCCAUGGGGUCCAUUGUAAAAUAAAAUCACAAAUAAAAUAAAAAAAAUGGAACAGAGAAGUUACCUUUGAAUUUAGUUUUUGUUGUUAUUGUAAAGAUGAAACCUGGAAAUAAAGUUUUGUAACUACUGUG